AUCUUACAUUAUUAAUAAACCUUACAAUUUCUUUUUGGUACAUAUGAUUUUAAUUGAGGCAUAAAGACUUGAGUUACUCAUAUUUAUCUAACAAAUUCUCGUUGCUGAAUUUUAUACUAGAAGAUAGGUUGUUGACCUGACACUAGAUUGGGAAAGUUGUAAGGUCUAGAGAAGAGAAAUAGAUGAUGACACCUGCUGUUGUUUUAUGUUCUCCUAAACCCAGGUUGAAGGUUGGUAGACCAACAAUAUCUAUGGGCCUUUGCACCACUUAAGUAUAAUCUACACAUCUUUAUAUUUACUUGAUCAAUUAAAUUAGGGGAGUAUGUGUUGGGACUUCUAAAUCAAUUAAAUAUACAUCACUAGUUAAUUACAUGGCUUUACAACUACAAUACAACAAAGUAAAUUCUGUCAUAACUACAAGAAUGAUGACUCCUCUCACCUAAAAUCAAGAGAAAAGACUAAUUGAAAGCACAUUAGAAUUGAAUUAUUAAUCGCCUUGAGAUUUAAAAUUCGUUUUCUUUUAUAAUAUUCUCAGAAAUUUACUUAUAUAGUGACCCAAUUAAAUAAGAAAAAAUGCACACCUUAUCAAAUCUAAUAAUUGGCUCAAAAUGACUAAAUAAAGUUAACUAAGUCCAAUCAUCUAUGCUUAAAACUCCCUGGCCAUAUGAAACUAAAUAGAUUGUUAAAGCUCUCUUAAGGUUGGGUCUCCCAUUAUAGUGGUGACAUUUUCCAAAUAUCUCACCACACUUGGGAUUAGAUACACCCUUUCCAAAUAUCUCAUCACAUGUAGGAUUUGGUCUAGUUAGAUACCAAUUUUAACUAUCAACUUAACCUUGAUGAGGAAAUUGAACCAUCAGUGAUUGAGUUCAGAAUUAUUCAAAAUGCUUAAGCCAUGUUAAUAUUAAACUACUAGCCUAAACUCAAAUUCUUGUUAUUAAUCUAUACGCUCUAUGUAGGACUUAAUUAGGCUAUCACAUUUGCUUAUGCUUUAAAUUCCAUAAAGGAGUAGGUGAGUAGCCUUAGGAGUCUAAUUAGGUUGUAUCAUGUGACAUAAGGGUCUAGCGUUUGGACUUUAUAGAUUCAAAUUAUUCCUUGCAUUGUUUGGAAGUAAGAGUACCUUCAAUAUCAUUUCAUGCUUCAUGAUUGAGUUAGAUUUUUGAAAAUAUAAUUAUUAGUGGCUCCAAGCAUGAGUUAUAUUUGUGCUCUUGUAAGAAUUAUAAGAAUUUACUUUUGCUUGUUCAAAUGAUUUUCGCUUUCCUUCUCUAGGAAAAGGAGAAAUUUAGAAAAUUACAAGGGGAAAAAAGGCAUGUGACAUUACCUUUAUAACUUUUCUAUAAUAAAAAUAUUUUUGAUACUAAGGAUGACUAAUCUUACCUAAAAAUUAGAUAAACUAUUUAUUUAGUUUGAUUAACACUUAUUUUUUUGAGAAAAUUACUUCCAUAUAAUUUCACUUGGAAAAAGUAGAUGAGCAAACAAACAUGCAAAAUUAAAUACAUCUAAUAAUUUUGGAUAAACACUCUUUUGUGGUUUGAGAAUAAAUCACUAACAAUCAAGAUUCUCACUCUAAAAUACAGUUGAUACUUUUUUUGGAACGAGCAAUCUAUUAUAUCAUAAAUAAAUAAAUUACUUGUACCUGCUGGAGGAUAUCCUAAUCCUAAAAUACUGAGACUAAUUGAAAAAGACAUAUAUAUAUAUAUAUAUAUAUAUCUAAUAAUGCCUAUUAUCUUUAACACUUUCCUCCUUAAGAUGAGCAUAAAUAAAAUAUUAAAUUUAUUUCAUUAACUUGUAAGUUAAACAUAGAUAAAAGGGUUAAUCUAUUGCAUCAGAAAAGAUAAUUGCAUGUAUAUAUACGACUCAAUUAAAAAUCCUAAUCCUAAAAUACUAAUGCGGGAUUAAAUCCACAACACCUAUUCCUAACACAUCCAAUUAAUAUUUUCUAAUGUUACAAGCAGACUGGAUAAAUCCCUUGUUAUGAAUUCAGAAGUAGAUAAGAGAGAGACUUUAGAUAAAAGGGAGACCGAAAGGGAAGUAAAAAAAUCUUGAAUCCUACUUAUUGAUUUUGGCGGUAAUACAUUUGACAAUUAGGAUUUUCCACAUCAAUAGAAUUCCUGAGAAAUGUCUAUUUAGUUUUUUUAAUUAAAAUAUGACUAAAUAAUAAUUCCAAACUAUUGCUUUACCUUAUGACAUAUUUUGUUUGGUAGGUUUGUAUCAAAUAGUUCGUAAUAUAUAGGUUCCAUGGUAGCCAAAUAAUAGAUUUGGUGGGAUAUAGUGGUUGCUUCACAAGCUUGUGUUUGUUGUUUUCUGUUAGUAUUAGAAGAAUGAUAGUUUUGUCUAUGCAGUUGAUGUAUUGGUUGUUUUGUUUGGUUUUGAGAAUUAUUUUUCUCCUCGUAUAGAUCAACUGUAGUUCUUAUCAAUAAAUAACGCGUAAUUUUUUUUAGUUUGGAUAAUUUACUUGUCACUUAUAUUUAAUUACAAAUUUUGAUACAUUCGGAUGGCUUAUAAGUCAUUUACCUGACAUGUAUUGUGGUGUUUCUUAGUAUGCCAACUAUGUGACCAAGCAUGGGGGCUCAGCAGAUGUUCAUACUACAAGUGAAUAUGUAGUUUAUCACUUUGAAAUUAGUCAUGAAUAUUUGAAAGGUGCCUUGAAAAGGUAAUAGUGCAAUGUUUUAUGCAUCUUAGAGGCAAUGGAUUUUUCUUUCUCAAACUUAUAUGUGAAUUUAGAGCAUUUUUUAAUGCCUCUUGUAGAUUUAGUCAGUUCAUUCUAUCACCGUUGAUGAAGAUAGAGACAAUGGAAUGAGAAAUCUUGGCUGUUGAUUCAGGUUGUUUAAUGAUAGCUUUAAUUUCACCACCAAUAUUUCAAUAUUGAAUGCUUAAUAACCUGAGGUCGUUAAUUUCUAAAUUCUUGCCUUUAUGUUGUGCUGUGAAUAAACUAAUGUUUUGUAGAGUUUAUGCAAGUACUACGCCAUGAUGGUUGUUGUUUAGAAUAGUUUUGUUGUCAUAUAUCUACCCCUGAUCAUCCUUUCAACAGAUUCUGUUGAGGUAUAUUUUGUGUAAAAUCCAACUUAAUUUUUUGUACCAUUUUGAUAACUAUCAAUUAUUUCUAAGCAACUCUUAUCACGCGAGCAUCAUGAAACUAGUUGUAAUAGGAGGAGGUGAGGUUGUUGGACUAUGUGUACAUGGUAUUCAAUAUUAUUUCUCAUUGAUUUUUAAUAAUAGUUAUUGUCUUUUCAUUUACCAUUAUUGUGCAGAGACUUUAGACAUGUUAGAGGAUUGGGUAUAUCAAAGCAGGUCCUUCAUUAAGGGCCAUUUAUAAGACGGAUGUUUCAUCUAUUUGGAAAAGGGGGAAGUUCUAUAGAUUAGAGGUAGUGGAUGAUUUUCAUCUUAUAGACUUGGCUUGGACCCUUCUUGUCUUCACCGUGAAUAUCUGAAGAAGCCAGAAUAUUAUGUAGCAUGUCUAUUGGGCCAUGGUUAGUACUAUCUGAUAAUAAAAUUUAUAGAUAUGUACUAACCAUGGCCCAAUAGAUGUGUUAGAUAAUAUUCUGGCUUCUUCAGAUAUUCACGGUGAAGACAAGAAGGGUCCAAGCCAACUCUAUAAGAUGAAAAUCAUCCACUGCCUCUAAUCUACAGAACUCCCCCUUUUUCCAAAUAGGUGAAACAUCCGUCUUAUAAAUGACCCUUAAUGAAGGAGAACAGUUCUCCUGGUCCUUUUUUUGUGGAUUAGGGGAUGAACCACUCAUAAUUGUGGUCGGAUCGUGGCGGUUGCAAUUGGUUGUGAUCCCUUCCAUCCCCUCCACGUUAUAGUUUGGUUCGGAGCGGACGGUCGGAAGCCGUCCAGAGGCCACCUCCGCUCGGCGCUUAGCAGCCUGGCCACUUGUCCACCACUGGUGCCCUCCGGGCGGCCUCCGGCCGCCCACUCCGAACUAAACUAUAACUUGGAGGGGGCAAUGAACCCAGGAAGGGAUUGCAACCAAUUGCGGCCGGAUUGCGACCACGAUUCGAUCGCAAUUAUGAGUGGUCCAUCCCCUGGUCCACAAAAAAAGGGACUAGGAGAUCUGCUCUCUUAAUGAAGGGUCUGCUUUGAUAUUACUAAAGAGAUUGAGUACCCAAACCUCUAACAUGUCUAAAGUCUCUGCACGAUGAUGGUAAACGAAAAGACAACUAUUAUUAAAAAGCAAUGAGAAAUAAUAUUGAAUAACAUGCACACAUAGUCUAGCAACCUCACCUCCUCCUAUUACAACUAGUUUCCUGAUGCUCGCGUGAUAAGAGUUGCUUAUAAAUAAUUGAUAGUUAUAAAAAUGGUACAAAAAAUUAAGUUAGAUUUUACACAAAAUAUACCUCAAAAGAAUCUGUUGAAAGGAUGAUCAGGGGUAGAUAUAUGACAACAAAACUGUUCUAAACGACAACCAUCAUGGCGUAGUACUUGCAUAAACUCUACAAAACAUUAGUUUUUUCACAGCACAACAUAAAAGGAAGAAUUUAGAAAUUAACGACCUCAGGUUAUUAAGCAUUCAAUAUUGAAAUAUUGGUGGUGAAAUUAAAGCUAUCAUUAAACAACCUGAAUCAACAGCCAAGAUUUCACAUUCCAUUGCCUCUAUCUUCAUCAACGGUGAUAGAAUGAACUGACUAAAUCUACAAGAGGCAUUAAAAAAUGCUCUAAAUUCACAUAUAAGUUUGAGAAAGAAAAAUCCAUUGCCUCUAAGAUGCAUAAAACAUUGCAUUAUUACCUUUUCAAGGCACCUUUCAAAUAUUCAUGACUAAUUUCAAAGUGAUAAACUGCAUAUUCACUUGUAGUAUGAACAUCUGCUGAGCCCCCAUGCUUGGUCACAUAGUUGGCAUACUAAAAAACACCAUAAUACAUGUCAGGUAAAUGACUUAUAAGCCAUCAGAAUGUAUCAAAAUUUGUAAUUAAAUAUAAGUGACAAGUAAAUUAUCUAAACUAAAAAAAAUUACACGCCAUUUAUUGAUAAGAACUACAGUUGAUCUGUAUGAGGAGAAGAAUAAUUCUCAAAACCAAACAAAACAAUCAGUACAUCAACUGCAUAGACAAAAUUAUCAUUCUUCUAAUACUAACAGAAUACAACAAACACAAGCUUGGGAAGCAACCACUAUAUCCCAUCAACUCUAUUAUUUGGCUACCAUGCAACCUAUAUAUUACGAACUAUUUAAUGCAAACCUACCAAACAAAAUAUGUUAUAAGGUAAAGUAAUAGUUUGGAAUUAUUAUUUGGCCAUAUUUUAAUUAAAAAAACUAAAUAGACAUUUCUCAAGAAUUCUGUUGACGUGGACAAUACUAAUUGUCAAAUGUAUUACCGCCAAAAUCAAUAAGUAGGAUUCAAGAUUUUUUUACUUCCCUUUCGGUCUCCCUUUUAUCUAUAAUCUCUCUCUUAUCUACUUCUGAAUUCAUAACAUGGGAUUUAUUCCGUCUGCUUGUAACAUUAGAAAAUAUUAAUUGGAUGUGUUAGGAAUAGGUGUUGUGGAUUUAAUCCCACAUUAGUAUUUUAUGAUUAGGUUUUUUAAUUGAGUCGUCUAUAUACAUGCAAUUACCAUUUCUGAUUCAAUAGAUUAACCCUUUUAUUUAUGUUUAACUUACAAGUUAAUGAAAUAAAUUUAAUAUUUUAUUUAUGCUCAUCUUAAAGAGGGGAGUGUUAAAGAUAAUUGGCGUUAUUAGAUAUAUAUGUCUUUUGCAAUUAGUCCCAGUAUUUUAGGAUUAUGAUAUCCUCCAGCAGGUACAAGUAAUUUAUUUAUUUAUGAUAUAAUAGAUUACUCGUUCCAAAAAAAAGUGCCAACUGUAUUUUAGAGUGAGAAUCUUGAUUGUUAGUGAUUUAUUCUCAAACCACAAAAGAGUGUUUAUCCAAAUUUAUUAGGUGUAUUUAAUUUUGCAUGUUUGUUUGCUCAUCUACUUUUUCCAAGUGAAAUUGUAUAGAAGUAAUUUUCUUAAAAAAUAAGUGCUAAUCAAACUAAAUAAAUAGUUUUUCUUUUUUUAGGUAAGAUUAGUCAUACUUAGUAUCAAAAAUAAUUUUAUUAUAGAAAAGUCAAAAAGGUAAUGUCACAUGCUUUCUUUUCCCCUUGUAAUUUUCUAAAUUUCUCCUUGUCCUAGAGAAGGAAAGCGAAAACCAUUUGAAAUAGCAAAAGUAGAUUCUUAUAAUUCUUACAAGAGCACAAAUAUAACUCAUGCUUGGAGCCACUAAUAAUUAUAUUUUCAAAAAUCUAACUCAAUCAUGAAGCAUGAAAUGAUAUUGAAGGUACUCUUACUUCCAAACAAUGCAAGGAAUAAUUUGAAUCUAUAAAGUCCAAACGCUAGACUCUUAUGUCACACGAUACAACCUAAUUAGACUCCUAUGGCUACUCACCUACUCCUUUAUGGAAUUUAAAGCAUAAGCAAAUGUGAUAGCCGAUAAUUAAGUCCUACCUAGAGUGUGUAGAUUAAUAACAAGAAUUUGAGUUUAGGCUAUUGGUUUAAUAUUAACAUGGCUUAAGCAUUUUGAGUAAUUCUGGACUCAAUCACUGAUGGUUCAAUUUCCUCAUCAAGGUUAAGUUGAUAGUUAAAAUUGGUAUCUAAUUAGAUCAAAUCCUACAUGUGAUGAGAUAUUUGGAAAGGGUGUAUCUAAUCCCAUGUGUGGUGAGAUAUUUGAAAAAUGUCGCCACUAUAAUGAUUAAUGAGAUAUUAACAUGCCGUCGGCUACAUAUCCUUCCCACUUCCCUCUUCUAUCUACAUCUCGUCAAACUUCUGUUGCGGUGAGGGUAGAUCCAGAAAACGCGAUUCCUAAACCUCUGUACGAGGCGGAUAAGGUACCUUCUAGGGCAUCGUAUGCAGCGGCGUUGAGACCACUCUCCCCCUGUGCUUCUAAGAAGAACUUUGAGGGCGUUGGAGAGGAUUUCAAUCCUGCGAUCAUCUAUAAUAAUAAGCCAGGUAUUUUCUAUACGAAAGAAGAAGUUUCAUCGCUGGCCAAACCAUUUGAGUUUUCUUUGAUUGGAAAAUUCUCUGGAUCUCGUCCUUAUGCGGUGGUUCUUCAAGCUUUUCGAAAUCUUGGUCUUUCUAGCUUUUUCAAUAUCCGAUUUCUUAGAUCUGGUUAUGUUUUUAUGCACCUCAUAUCGAGUGAGGACAUGGCUUGGGUAUGGAUUAGAGGAGUGUGGUUUAUUGGAGGUGUGCCUUUGAGAAUCUUCAAAUGGACGCCAUAUUUCUCAUAUACUGCUGAAUCUUCUGUAGUUCCAGUGUGGAUACGCUUUCUAGAUCUUCCAAUUCAUAUGUUCAGCAAGGCUACGCUUUUUUUUGCUGCCAGCAUCAUAGGGAAGCCCAUUAAAAUUGAUGAAGCUACAGCAGACUGCUCGAGACUUUCUGUAGCAAGGGUGUGUGUGGAAAUUGAUUUGCUAAAACCAAAGAUCGAAGACUUCUGGAUUGGUAUAGGUGAGGAAAAGAGAUUACAAAGAGUGGAAUUUGAGAAGCAUCCAAGUUAUUGUGUUCAGUGUUUGCAUCUGGCCCAUUCGGUUGAGGAAUGUUAUGCUAAUGGAAAUAAUGGGAAAUCAGCAGGGUGGGGUCCGGCAUUGGGACCUAAAUCUGGUGGUGAGGAUCUAAGGGAGAAGUUAAACAAAAGGAAUGAAGUUUUUACAGAAAAGGUGGAUUCUGAGUUCCCUAUUGAGGCACUGGAUGGUAAUGUUCAGAGGGUUGAAAAGCAAGUUUGGAUACAAAAGAAAGUAUUUCAAAAGAACAAGCUACUAAGUCUAAGUUAGUUAAAGCCCAAGGAAACUGUUUUAAUUGUUUGGCUGAUUUGGAGGAGGAAAAAAAAGGAAGUGCUGAGAAGGUGGUUGAGCAUGCAGUGGCUGAUGUGAACUCUGGAUGUAGAGGGGACAUGGGUGAAUUAGAGGGGAAACAUGAAUUGGCAGAGAAAAUUUUGGAAGUUGAGGAACAAGAGUUAGAUGAGCUAGAUGCUCAUUUGGUUGCUGUUUUAGAUCCGGUUCCUGCUGUUAAUCAGGUCAAUACAUUAAAGGCUGGAAUAAGGAGGGAUAAGGGUAAAACUGUUGUUGGUUAUUCAGAAAAGGAGGCAUGUUAACAGGUUGUACAAGUCAAUCGAGGUAGUUCUUUAGUUCAAAAUCAGAAGAUGGCAAUUCUGAAGGAGACUACAGGUCCUAAAUUGGCUGCACAGGUUUCAUAUGGAAAGGGUCAGAUUGUAAUAAAUCCAGGGCAGAAGGUUUCAGCAGGGGGAUGUGGUUGCUCUAGCUAGUCCAACUGGUUUGGCAAGUUUGCAGGAAAUGGAUGAUAAUUCUAUUUUCAGGGCUGAAGAUUAUAAUGCAGCUUAUAUUGCCUCUGAUAUGGCUGGGGUGAAUUUGAAGGAUGAAGUUGAAAAGAAUGAUAUUUCUAAGUCAUUUGAGGAUGAUGAUGAGUCUGAUUAUGGAGAGGCAGUGGAUUCACAGAGGUCUUCAUCUUUCCCGCUGGCUUCUUAUGUGAAAGACCCUCUUUGGAAAACUUCUACAAUGUACGUACCCUGGAGUUAGUCGAAUGGUUACUAGAUGUAAAGCUCAGAGGGUAGGGGAAGCUUGCUUUAUUUUCUGAAAUCUAAAGGAUUGUCAAUUAUCAGCUGGCGUUUCUAAAGGAAUGAGCAGGUCCUCCAUUGCUUAUGUUUUUGUCAUGUCCAUCUACCUCACCAAUUCAGGUCUGGAGAAGGUAAGCCUAAUGAAGUGAUUGCUGAUUAGGGAGGCAUAAAUCUUAUAUGCACUCCGAUUUCUUGUACCUUUAUUUACAUCAGUACUGAUGCAACUUCAGAAUUUAUUUUUUAAUAGUUGUAAAUUCUAGAGGUUGUAUUCGGGGUUUGAUUUCGUCUUUUGUCAUGUCUGAGCAUUGAACUUCUUGACACGAGCAUUUGAUUUUUUUCCCCCAAAAAAAUUUGGAAUAUAACCAUAUAUACAAUUUUCUUAGAACAAGUUUUGAUUGUCUUAUAACCAUACCAACAAUUUGUCUAGAUAUACUAUACUUCACUGGGCUGAUGUAUUUAUUAUCAAAGCGUAUUUCUUUUAGUUAGCUUAUCACUUAUUAUUUUAGCAAAAUAUUUUACUUUUUUGUAUUUGCAUCACUUUCACAAAAUAAACUUUAUUUUGUAUAUGGUGUGCUCAAGUCUUAACCUGACUUCAUUCUUUUCCAUAUGAUUAAUCAAAUUGUGACGUGCACUGCUUAUUUUAUUUUAUUUUUUCAUUUUUUUUACUUUUUUUAAUAUUUAUUUCAUUAGAUUGUAUUUGUUCUGCAAUUUUUAAGAUUUUUCUUAGUGUGACUUAAAACUAUCAUUGUUUCUUGUUUAGUUGGUUCUUAUUUAGGGUCGACUAUCUUUGUACUUCUUCUAUCAAAAUAAAAAUUAAUCUCUAGUUCUAGGAGAGUUUCUAUUUGUUCAUGUUACAACCUUUUGUCUAUCUUUUAUCUAAUAUCAUUUUGCAAAUUUUUGCUGUGAAUGCAUUCUAUAUUCCUUUGCUAAUAAAAGCUCCAGACAUUCCAUUUUCUAGGAAUGAUCUUUGCUUUGUAGUUCUUAAACAACUUUCCUGAUUUUGCUCCUCUUCCACAAAACUGGCAUGUAAGAUGGAUUGCUUAACUUUGCCUCUUAUGCUUCCUCAGUUUGUGGAGGUAAUCGAGUUUGUAUAUCAGUAUAUUAAGUUGUUGUGUCAACUUCCUCCACCAGAAUGGACUUUUAAAGGACUUCAGGAUAUAGGAAAUAUCAACUUUAGAUUUGUUGAGGAGCAACCGCACGGAGAUUAUGCAAUAAAUCUUGCAGGUCCAUGGACUCCCUCGGAGAAGGAUCUUCUGCUACUAGCUCAGAUCGAGGAAGUACUGCUACAGAUCCAGGCCAAACCCAAUUCAAUGGCAUCCCAACACCUAGCGGGCCUUAUGAUCUCCUUCAACAAUAUGAAGAAUUGGCCUGCUACGGAGCAAAAACUGGCAUCUUCAAUCCCGAAGAACUUGACAAACGAUCACAUAUGGCCGACAUCGAAUGGACAGCAAUUAAACGCAUCCUGCAUCAGAGAACUUGAGCUUAUCUGCCAGCUCAAAGAAGCCGACUUUCACAAAAUAGGCCACUACCAAGGAAAAGGAA